GUAUCCAAGCUCGGAAAGAUCAAGUGCAAGGAUGAAAGCCAUGUACAGGAUGUCAAAGCUGAUGACCUUAGACAGAUGUUUCUUUCCAUGACGGAGGAGGUUCGUGUUAUAAUUGUAAAAUUGGCUGAUAGGUUACAUAAUAUGCGCACUCUUUCACAUAUGACUCCACACAAGCAGUCUGGCAUUGCAACAGAGACGCUGCAGGUUUUUGCUCCUUUGGCAAAACUUCUUGGAAUAUACCAAAUCAAGUCAGAACUUGAAAACUUAGCAUUUAUGUAUACAAAUGCUCAAGACUAUGCCAGGGUGCAGCGAAGAAUUGCAGAACUUUAUAAAGAACAUGAAAAAGAACUCAAAGAGGCAAAAAGAAUAUUGAUGAAGAAAAUAGAGGAAGACCAAUUCUUAGACCUCGUGACGGUGAAGACUGAAAUUCAUUCAAUAUGCAAGGAACCUUACAGCAUCUACAAAGCAGUACUGAAAUCUAAGAACUCGAUAAAUGAAGUGAACCAAAUUGCGCAGCUUCGAAUUAUUAUAAAACCAAAGCCUUGUGUUGGAGUUAGGCCCCUUUGCAGUGCACAGCAGAUAUGCUAUCAUGUGCUUGGACUUGUACAUGGAAUUUGGACGCCUAUCCCGCGGGCUAUGAAAGACUACGUCGCCACUCCAAAGCCUAAUGGCUAUCAAAGUCUUCAUACAACAGUGAUCCCAUUUCUUUAUGAGAGCAUGUUCCGUUUGGAAGUUCAGGUACAUUCGUGGCACCUCCCAGAACUUAUGAAUAACGAAGAUAUCAGUUACUCCUUCUAUACCAAUAUUUAUGACACUUUCAUGUUGGAACAUCCAAGAAUGUUUGACACCAUUCUAUUUCCAAGAAUUCAAAUACUAAACUAUUCAAAUCUUAAAAUUUUCUUUGAUAUUGGCUGGUUGAAUGCGAUUAGGGAGUGGCAAGAAGAGUUCGUUGGAAACAUGAGUUCUAGGGAAUUUGUGGACACUAUUACCAGAGAUCUGUUGGGUAGUCGUGUCUUUGUGUUUACACCCGGAGGAGAGAUAAAACAUCUCCCAAAGGGGGCUACCGUCAUUGAUUACGCGUAUAUGAUACACACUGAAAUUGGCAAUAAAAUGGUUGCCGCAAAGGUGAAUGGUAAUCUUGUCUCUCCAUUGCAUGUACUUGCAAACGCAGAAGUCGUAGAGAUUAUCACCUACAAUGGUCUCUCCAGCAAGUCUGCUUUUGAGAGACAUAAAGAGUGGCUUCAACAUGCAAAAACUCGUAGUGCCCGGCACAAGAUUAUGAAAUUCUUGAGAGAGCAAGCUGCAUUAUCAGCAACUGAAAUAACAGUGGAUUCAGUAAAGGAAUUUGUGGCCGAGUCUGAAGGUGACAGUGGAUUGGAAGAAUUAGCAGAUUAUUCUAAGGAAACCAAACAUUCGUGGGAGAAAAUCCUCAAGAAUGUUAUGGAAACAUCAUCUGCAAGUAUGAGUACUGAAGAUAUUUUCCAACUCCGAAGUAGUAGUAUUCAGAUUCCCAAGGUAAAUGGGAAACAUAACAAAUGCAUGCAGCAUAUGAGUUUGAAGGCCACAGGGGAGACAUUGUCACAAGGAAAUGGUGUUGGCAAAGUGAUUCUUGCUAACAUACCAAGGUACAGGGAAGUUCUGCCAGGAUUGGACGGCUGGCUGGCUAGCAAAGUUGCAACUUGGCAUAACCUGGAAGGGCACUCUGUCCAGUGGCUUUGUGUUGUCAAUAUAGAUCGAAAAGGCAUGAUGGCGGAUGUUACUUCAGCAUUGGCAGCCGUAGGCAUCAGCAUAUGUUCUUGUUCGGUUGAGACGGAUAGAGGGAAGGGGAUGGCUGUCGAGCUAUUUCAUAUUGAAGCGAGCCUCGAGAGUUUGGUUGAUGCAUGUGCAAGGAUCGAUAUGAUCCUAGGUGUUUUAGGAUGGUCCACGGGCUGCAGCUGGUCAGAGAACAAACAGUUUCUAGAAUGCUAGUUUAAUGGCCUGAUGAAGAGUACUUGCCCAGCUGUUGAAAGCUUGGGAAAAAAGUUUUGUCCUCUAAAACCAUAAUUCCCUUUUUCUCAUUUCUGGGUGUUUUUCUCUUAGUUUUAAAAAAAUAUUUCCCCUCCCACCCUCUUGACAAGUAUAGAAGCAAACAAUAUUAGGCAAUAUGGUGUCAGGCGACUGUGUAUAUAAAGGAAGAGUAGUGACGAGUUAUACUUGUAAAGGCAUUUUGAACUAUACGAACUCCAACAAAAUGAUAGAUAUUCUAUACAAAAUGUAUUAUGUA